AUGCUUAACUGCAAGCCCAUCUCCACUCCGGUCGACACGCUGGCCAAGCUCUCCACCGACACUGGGCCGCUCUUCCACGACCCGUCGCUCUACCGCAGCUUGGCCGGGGCUCUGCAGUACAUCACGUUGACACGCCCCGACCUCUCCUACGCCGUCCAACAGUGUUGCAUGUUCAUGCAUGCACCCCGCGAUUGCCACUUCCAGCUCGUGAAGCGCAUCCUGCGCUAUCUCCGUGGCACGACUCACCUUGGACUUCGGAUUCAUCGUGAUGCCGGCACUGAGCUUGUGGCUUACUCCGACGCCGACUGGGCCGGCUGCCCCGACACGCGCAAGUCCACCUCGGGCUGCUGCGUCUGCCUCGGCUCCAACCUCCUCACAUGGUCGUCUAAACGGCAGAGCACCGUUUCUCGUUCGAGCGCCGAGGCGGAGUACAGGGCGGUUGCCAACGCCGUCGCCGAGUCGGUGUGGCUCCGCCAGCUCCUCGGCGAGCUCCACCGGCUUCCGUCGCGUGCCACGGUCGUCUACUGCGACAACAUCAGUGCGGUAUAUAUGUCGAGCAACCCGGUGCAACACCAACGCACGAAGCACAUCGAGAUCGACCUUCACUUCAUGCGCGAGCGUGUGGCACUAGAUGAGAUCUGUGUUCUCCAUGUGCCCACGAGCUCGCAGUUCGCCGACAUCUUCACCAAGGGGCUUCCGACGGGGGUCUUCCUCGACUUCCGGUCCAGUCUCAACGUCGACGCAUCCGACCGUAUCUGCCCCUUGGCAAUCGACAACAGAUUCCUAGUAGUUCCUGCGAGGCUACCAAGAGACGUGGCGAUUGAAACCUUCUGGUUUCUCUCCACUUGUCAAAUCAGUAUGGACGUGUUUGGCAGCCGUAGCAGCCGGGUCUGGCUAGCUCAAGCCUGCGUCACAUGA